UUCACUCCUUCGUUGUACUUGAUCUAGGGUGGCAGAUCAUCAUGGGUUCCGCGGUGCAGAGAACAGAUGAACAUGUGCGGGAAUAUCUGCUCUAUCGUGGCUUCACCAACACUCUGAAAAACUUGGACAGUGAAAUAAAAGCUGACAAGGACAAAGGGUUCAGGGUGGACAAGAUCAUUGAUCAGCUGCUGCAGUUCAUCCACGGCUUUGACCUGUCUGGCCUGAAAGACUACUGGCUCUACUUGGACCGCCGCCUUUUCUGCAGACUGGAGGAUGUUUACCGAUCCACUGUCAACAAACUAAGAGCUAGCCUGUACAGAUACUACGUUAUCAACACCAUCCAGAGAGGAAACCUGGAGAAGACUCAGGAGUUUUUCCAGAAGCAGGCUAUCGAGCUGCAGGGUCAAGCCGAGUGGCGAGACUGGUUCAUCUUGCCGUUUAUUCCUGCACCUGAACAGAACCCGGCGUUUGCUCCGUAUUUCUCCCGCCAGUGGUCCGACACCUUCCUGGUUUCCCUGCACAACUUCCUUUCGGUGCUCUUCCAGUGUAUGCCCCAACCAGUGUUGCUGAGUUUUGAUGCUGAAGUCCAGAAGACAACAAGCCUCACUGAGGAGAAUGAGCAGCUUCGUCAGCAGGUCUUUGCCUUGCAAACGGAGAGUCGAGACCAGAAGGCCGGAGACGAGGCGGUCCAUCACAAGCUGCCGUUGUAUGUUCAGAACAUGGACCGGCUGGGAGAUACUGAGCUCGACUUAGUGUCAAGCCAGCGGGCUGUCAGUGUUGUCACCACACCAUCCAGGAACUUCUUCUCAACAUUCCUACCGCAAGGUCGCCGCACCCCUGGAGGGAAAGCGCAACAGGGAACUUCGGUAUCCUCGCCGAGCCAGGCGGCCGUCGGCAGAAAGGACCAACCGACGAGUCAGGUGACAAUGUCAAAUACUUUGGAGGCCGUUGGCGCCAUUUUACAGUCUUCAAAGGCCAAGGAUGCGGUCCAAGUCAAAGAAGCGAAAGCCGCCUGCAGUCAAGUAGCAACCGGUGAAAGUUCUCAAUCCCAACCCGCCAACCAGCCAACGCAUUUACGACACAAGAAAAUUCAAGUUCACGAGAAGGAGCGGAAGGAGCUUUUCUCAAAAGCGUCGCCGCAGACCAACCAUUUGAAUGUUUCUCUUCAGUUCCAAGAGAAAAAGGGGGAGGUGGCGGAGGCGGAGCCUCCAAACGAGACCUCAGUCGAAGCUCCCGACUCUUCCCCUUCGUACGGCAGGAGCGGAGGAGGGGGCGCAGAAGAAGGCGUGGGGCUCGCCGCAGAACAGCCAUUUAUCAAACUCAGCCAGGAGGAAUAUGGAGAACAUCAUUCCUCCAUCAUGCAUUGCAGGGUCGAUUGCUCCGGUCGCAGAGUGGCCAGUUUAGACGUGGACGGUGUCAUUAAGGUGUGGUCCUUCAAUCCGAUCAUGCAGACCAAAGCAACCAUCAUGUCCAAGUCUCCUCUGCUGUCCCUCGAGUGGGCCACCAAGCCCGACCGAUUGCUGUUACUCGGCAGCGGCGUUGGCACGGUCCGCCUGUACGAUACGGAAGCCAAGAAGAAUCUGUAUGAGAUGAACAUUGAUGAAACGCAUCCGCGCAUCUUGUCAUUGGCCUGCAGCCCCAGCGGUUCGUCCUUUGUCUGUUCAGCUGCGGCCGUCCACAGAAGCGGACCGGCCGAGCCUGCUCAUCGUCUCCCCACGCAGCUGUCCGGGCAGUUGUUGCUUUGGGACACCAAGACGGUCAAACAGCAGCUCCAGUUCUCUUUGGAACCCGAACCGGUCGCCAUUAACUGCACGGCCUUCAACCACAAUGGAAAUUUGUUGGUCACCGGUGCCGCAGACGGAGUCAUCAGACUCUUCGACAUGCAGCAGUACGAGAGCGCCAUGAGUUGGAGGGCACACGACGGCGAGGUUUACAGUGUGGAAUUCAGCUACGACGAAAACACCGUCUUUAGCGUCGGAGAAGAUGGCAAGUUCAUCCAGUGGAACAUCCACCGGUGUGGCGUCAAGCAGUCGGAGCAGGUUUUACCUCAAGAUGCCACUGGGCCCUUCGUCCUCUCCGGGUACAGCGGAUAUAAGCAGGUCCAGGUUCCCCGAGGUCGCCUCUUCACCUUUGAUUCAGAAGGACAACAUUUGCUGACCUGUUCGAGCUCUGGCGGGAUCAUUUACAAACUGACGAAUGGAGAUCCUGCGCUGGAGAGUUUGCUGUCCCUGGGUGGGCACAAAGCACCGGUGGUGACCGUCGACUGGUGGUCGGCGUUGGACUGCGGUACCUGCCUCACGGCCUCGAUGGACGGAAAGAUAAAACUGAGCACGCUCCUUGCACAGAAGUCCUGACUGCAAACUUGAGUGUUGACCAUUUGCGUGGGUGGGGGGGGGGGCGGGCUUGGUUAUACAACGUAACAGUAUAAGGAAUUGACUUCAAGGAUUAUUCAUUUCCUGACAGAGAUGUCAGCAGUUCCAUGAUGUGAUGCAAACCUGUUCAACAUUCAUGUCAAUGCAAUAUUAAAGGCCUCGUGGAGAUUUGAGAAGA